AUGGAGACCACUCUCCACUGUUCACUUCUGUGCCUCAGUCUCUUCAUUGCCAGGAUGUGUGCCCUGGGCGGUCAGCUUAGCAGUGAGGCCAGCAGACGGGACAAGCUCUCCCUGCCGGGCUUCGAGAACCUCACUGCAGGUUACAACAAGUUUCUCAGACCCAACUUUGGCGGGAAGGCUGUGCGGGUAGCUCUGAACUUGGACAUUGCAAGCAUUUCCAGUAUCUCAGAGAGCAACAUGGACUACACAGCCACAAUAUACCUCAGACAGCGCUGGACAGAUGAGCGGCUGGUAUUUGAGGGCAACAAGAGCUUCACUCUGGAUGCACGCCUGGUGGAGUUCCUCUGGGUGCCCGACACUUAUAUUGUGGAGUCCAAGACCUCGUUCCUCCAUGAGGUAACCGUGGGCAACAGGCUCAUCCGCCUGUUUGCCAACGGCACCGUUCUCUAUGCACUCAGAAUCACAACGACUGUGGCAUGUAACAUGGAUCUGUCCAAGUACCCCAUGGACACACAGACAUGCAAGUUACAACUGGAAAGCUGGGGUUAUGAUGGCAAUGAUGUGGAAUUCAGCUGGCUGCGAGGCAAUGACUCAGUUCGAGGCCUGGAGAACCUGCGGCUUGCGCAAUACACAGUCCAGCGGUACUUCACCUUGGUCACCAUGUCACCGCAGGAGACAGGAAAUUACACACGCCUGGUGCUGCAGUUUGAGCUCCGGAGAAACGUCCUCUACUUCAUUCUGGAGACCUAUGUGCCCUCCACCUUCCUGGUGGUCUUAUCCUGGAUCUCAUUCUGGAUCUCCCUGGAGUCUGUCCCUGCAAGAACCUGCAUUGGUGUGACUACGGUGCUCUCCAUGACCACAUUGAUGAUCGGGUCCCGCACGUCUCUCCCCAACACCAACUGCUUCAUAAAGGCCAUUGAUGUGUACCUGGGGAUCUGCUUCAGCUUUGUGUUUGGGGCCCUGCUGGAAUAUGCUGUGGCCCACUACAGCUCCUCACAGCAGAUGGCAGCCAAGGACAGGGGCAUGACCAAGGAAGUGGAGGAAGUCAAUAUCACUAACUUCAUCAACAGCUCCAUCUCCAGCUUCAAACGGAAGAUCAGCCUUGCCAACAUUGAGAUUUCUGGGGAUAACAUAGACUACAGUGACCUGACGAUGAAAACCAGCGACAAGUUCAAAUUUGUCUUCCGGGACAAAAUGGGCAGGAUUGUGGACUAUUUCACAAUUCAAAAUCCCAGUAAUGUUGACCGAUACUCCAAACUAUUGUUUCCUUUGAUGUUCAUGCUAACCAAUGUAUUUUACUGGGCCUACUACAUGUAUUUCUGA